AUGGAACCGAUAAUGAAUACUAAACGUAAAAAGCGGAAAACACGUAAAUGCUUAAACGAAAUUAGAAAGAAAUCUCUGCGUACAGGACACUUGUUUUUUGAAAAGGAAAAGGAUAAUAUUUCUGAUUUAAUACCGAAUUAUAACAAAUGUAUCAUAACAAAAGAACGUUUAUCUCUUAGAACGUUUCCAAAAACAGUUAGGUCGGAGACUAUUACAAGACCUGUGUUGGCCGAACUAAAACAAAAACCUAAUUUGAAGUUAGAUGAAUUGCGAAGUGGUAGUAAAGUUCUAGACACGCUAAAUUCAACCGUUGUUAAGUUGUCAAAUUUUAGUAGAUCUUUAAAAAACACCAAUGAUCACAUUGAACGUUACAAAGUGGAAAAUCCGAUGUCAUUAAUAUGUUCCAUGGGGUCAAAUAAAUAUGAUGAGGAUUCUUACGUUAUCAAUAUGUGCAACCAAGAAGACAAAUUCAAUAAUACAAAUGUUUGCUCUUUUAUUGAUCCUGAUCAAAGAUCUAAUAAAUCGUCGAGCAGUAUAGGAGUUCACUCAGGACCAUCUCCUACGUCAACAUCCAACCACAGAUUCCACGACAGUUUUAGGUACGAUUUAUAUGAAGAAUUCAUUUCUGAAAUUCCUAAAUAUUUAAAACAAACUGUUAAAACUAUGGAAGGAGACAUUGUAAAAAACACUAAAGUGGUUCUAAAACAACUUUUUAUUAGCGAAUGCUGUUAUCAGGAGAAGUACUACACCCCUAAAAAGGUUAUUGUUCGCAAUCCCAUGGAUUAUAUCAGACUAAGCCAUGUACAACAACGGAGCUUGUUUCAUCAAUCAUCAAGAUCAAGGCGAACCUUCGAUGAAAUUGACAGUUUUCCUCCCUCGCCUAUUGUGAUCUCAUCUUCACCGUCAAUCUCACAUCACUUCGCCUCGUCUCCAGACUCGCCGUUGAACGUAAUUGUUAAUAACACACCAGAUUAUUCUUUUUAUCCUCAUAGGUUGAAUUGA